CACAAAACCUCACUUCCGGUCUCUGUAAACGACGUCCUCCAUGGUGUCAUUGUAGCUUCUGGCCGAGGUUGAACUCCCAAUAACUGAUAGAAAAUGUCUGGCUACACUCCAGACGAGAAGCUCCGUUUGGACCAGCUCGUCAAGCUCCGCAGGCAGUGGCUGAAGGACCAGGAGCUCAGCCCCAGGGAGCCCGUCGUUGAGGCUAAACCUCCUGGUGCGGUCGCUCGGUUCUGGGCAGGCUUUCUUGAACCCAAUAACCUGUGGCGGCUUUACACGUACAAAGCCUACAGAGGUGGUGUUUUCACAUUAACACGGUUGUUGAUUCCAGCUUGGGUCGUCCACUACUUCGUGAAAUACCAUAUUGCAGAAAGGCCCUAUGGCAUUGUGGAAUUGAAGCCCAAGCUUUACCCAGGUGACGUGAUCCUGGAGACGGGCGAAGUUGUUCCAGACCUCCCUGAAAGCCAUGGUCAUCACUGACAUGGAAAUAUCAUGAUAUCUGUUGUAAAAAAACUGUGAAUAUGCCAAUAAAAGAAAAAUAUUAGUA